AUGGCCGGAUUGGAGCAGUCUCUCUUUCAGCUCAAAUUUACCGCCAAACUGUUGAAUAGGCAAGCCGCAAAGGCUGCCAAAGAAGAGUUGCAGGAGAAAGCAAAGACUAAGAAAGCCAUGAUGCAAGGUAAUAACGAUAUUGCUCAGCUUUACGCCCAGAAUGCCAUCAGAAAGUCGAACGAAAGAGUGAACUUGCUCAGACUAGCCUCCAGAAUCGAUGCUGUUGCUUCGCGAGUACAGACUGCUGUGACUAUGAGAUCUGUUACUGGCAACAUGACACAGGUGAUUCGAGGAAUGGAUAAGGCACUUCAGACGAUGAACUUGGAGAAAAUCUCGCUUGUUAUGGAGAAAUUCGAGACUCAGUUUGAAGAUUUGGAUGCACUGACCAAUUAUUAUGAGUCUGCCACCAACAACGUGAAUGCUUUGACCACACCACAAGAGGAGGUGGACGAAUUGAUGAACCAGAUUGCUGAUGAAGCAGGAAUCGAGAUGAAGCAAGGGUUGAACGAAACGAAGGUAGAUAUUGUUACGCCUCCAGUGACGAUCACUGAGGAGAAGGAGGAUAAGCUUGCGGAGAGAUUGCGUGCGUUGAGAAAUUAA